CUGUUCUUAUGUCAGGUGUGAGCUGUCAAAAUUUGAAAAUCGCAAUAUUAGCCUACUUGGGCCUAGGAAAAUUGCUGUUUGCUGUUUACCUUAGUUCUCCUUGUUGUGUUGAUUAAUCUUGUGUUCUUCAUGUAUUUUGAAGACAGUGCAAAAUGGUUAAAGGAUUCCAAUUUCCUUAUGGUCUUGAUUGGAUUGGGAUUAGUUUACAUAACAUUUAAAGUUCUAAAAUACACAAACAAGAGGGGGUUGAUGAAAGAAAGAAUCAGGCGCAAACUGGGUCAGGUAAAAGAAAAUCAAAAUAAAUUGGAACAACAUCUUAAAAAUCAUGAUGACCCAGUUAUUGAAAAGCGUAAGGAGAUAAUCCAGCUAGAUAUAGAAGAAUUACUAAAGAAGCUUCAAAAUGGGGAUUUAAGCUGCAUGGAAGUGCUGAGAGCAUAUCAAGCAAAGGCCCUGGAUGUAACAAAAGAAUUAAACUGUGUCACAGAAUUUAUCAAAGAAGCAGAGAAAUGGGCAGAAGAACUGGACGCUAGCACUGAUACAAAAAAACCGCUCCAUGGUCUUCCGUUUAGCGUCAAAGAUAACGUCAGUGUCGUUGGCUAUGAUUGCACGGCGGGAAUUUCGAAGUUUAUUGAUCAAUCUGCAGUGGAAGAUGCCGCUUUGGUCUCUGCACUCAGAGGCCUUGGGGCCAUACCAUUUUGCCGAACUAAUGUCCCCCAAACAUUGUUAAGUUUUGGAUGUAGUAAUCCGAUAUGGGGUUCUACGAAAAACCCCUUUUGUAAAGAGCGAACACCAGGCGGUUCCUCUGGUGGAGAAGCAACUUUAGUUGCUGCUGGAGGUUCCCUACUCGGAAUUGGUAGUGAUAUUGGGGGAAGUAUUCGCAUUCCGGCGGCUUUCUGUGGAGUUUUUUCAAUUAAACCUACCAGUUUAAGACUCAGCUACAAAGGAUUUAGAAAAUCGGCCGUUGGUUGCAUUGGAAUUCCUUCUGUACCGGGAAUCUUGGCGCGAGAUUCAAAAACCGUGAUAAUGCUCUGCAAACUACUCCUUGACGAUGGUUACAUCCGGAGAUACUUCGAUCCCGAUUUGCUUCCAAUUCCUUGGAAUGAACAAAUGUUUGGCCUUUCUAACAAACUACGGAUCGGUUACUACGAAGAAUGCGACUACUUUCCCUGUACACCUGGUGUCCGACGAGCUGUUCGAGUGGCUAAGGAAAAGUUGGAGGCGUUAGGGCACGAACUCAUUCCAUUUGUUCCACCACGCGUUGAUUAUGUUAUCAGUUCUGUCAUCAGCAUGUUUUAUGCGGAUCAAGGCCGAUACGUGUUGGAGGCUCUCUCAGUUGAUGACAUUGAUCCAUUGUUAGUUUUACAAAUCAAAGUUGCACUGAAGCUACCGCACCUUGUAAAGCAAAUUAUUCGGCCAUUGCUGGCUUUAAUCGCACCUCGUCUCGAGCCAUGUUUCAUGGCUGCUGCCGGGCAUCAGUAUCGCCAUUCUUACCAACUCUGGCAUGGAAUACUUAAGCAGAGCGAAUAUAAAGCGAAUUUUCUGGCUGAUUGGCGGAAUCUUCGCUUGGAUACAUGCAUCGGUCCGGGAUUCGCUUGCCCUGCUCCUCUAGCCAAAGACACUGGCCGUGUAACACCUGCAUUUGCGUAUGCGUGUCUCUACAAUUUCCUCGACUUACCGGCUGGUAUCGUUCCCGUCACCAAAGAAACGGAAGAAGACCAAAAUAUUCUCAUGAAUGGUGGCUAUGAUUUUAGAGAUUUGGUCUGUAAACUUGUUAAAAAGACUACUCGGGGAGCUACUGGUUUGCCUAUACCGGUCCAAGUUAUUGGUCUUCCCUAUCAAGAAGAAGUUGUGCUUCGCACUAUGAGUAUCCUGGAUUCCGCCUUCCGAGUCUGAAUUAUCUCUUACGUAAUCAUUGCACUUUGCGCAGUGCUCAGUUUCUCCGUCCUUACGACAGUGUGCUACAAGAGCCACUUGGAUCCUUAGAGGAAAGGUUGUGGAACAAUUAAAAGAUUUUGAAAUUAAUAGUUAUUGAUAUUAUGGAAAGAGAUUUUACAAAUGUUAAAUUUACUGUGAUAUUACAGUAAUCAAAGCAGGUAGUUGUGUUAAGUAUCGGGGAUAAGAAUAGAUUUCAACAUUCCAUAACAGUUUAUUGUAGCACAAAACCGUUGAAAAUAAAUGCGAAAAUGUGUUUGCGUUCAAAGAAA